GAGGAGCGCGUCCGCCCGGCGAGCUUUGACGGCGGCGAACGCGCAGAUCCCACCCGGUGUUUCCUCUCUGGAGCCCGAGAGCUGAACGGACCCGGGAGGACCUGGACCGGGGCUGGACGCGGAGGAACGCGGAGGAAUGGCUGAUCCUCUGCGGAGGACUCUACUAGCGAAACUCCGGGGGAAGAAACCCAAGCGAGGGGCGACGCUCGGCGGCGGAGGAGGAGGACUCGGAUCUGCUGCGGCGGACGGAAGCCGAGAAGGUAAAGAAAAAGUUUUGCUCCGGGGAAGCUCACUUGAGGCUCCGGUUGUGUGGCUCCCCGCGGAGAGAAUGAGCGAGUACGAUAAUUGUGUUGCCGGGCCCACGGGGCUCCCGGGCCGGGUUGAGGGGCUCCGGGAGAGAGAGGGUGGUCCCCCGGAGCAGAGCAGCGGGGGCAGGGGUCGGGUGGACGAGCAGCUCCCGGGGCUCGGGGGUGAUGUGUCCGGGGAGGCGGACGGCAGCCACCGGGGGCUGGGACCGGGGCUCCAGAGGACCCGCUUCGUGUCGGUGCCUCGGCAGCGCAGCGCCGGGGACUCCAUCGGGUUCGGGGACAAUUCAAACCGGGUUACGAGGCGGGUUGAGCCGCGGACCGGGGCCGGGGAAGCUGCUCCAGAGAGCCGGGUACCUUGCGGUGCUGGGGCCGGGUCGGAGCCCGGGGACGGAGCCGGGUCCCGGCACAUGGCCCCGGCUGCAGCGGCCCUGGUGGGACACAACGCGAACCGCAGCUCCCACAACAACCCGGCUCCGGAGCUCAUGGAUCCGAGCUGCGUGACAAGGAACACGGAGGAAAACAUUUUAAUCAGAAAUAUCGAGAGCUACGACCCGGAGUUCGCAGGGGACGUCCGGGGGCCCGUGGGGGGGCCGCUGAGCCCCACGUUCUUCCCCACAGAGCUAGAGAUCUGCGACCUCCACAGGGCUUCUCCACCGGCCUCCCUCCGGUUCCCCGGGGACAGCGAGGACGAGGAUUACUACGACAAUGAAAUUCUACCUUUUUAUGAAACCAUCAGAGUGAACAGUGAUCGAUGCGAGGCUGCAGACCUGCACCCCCCAUCGGGUCGGGACCGAGGAGGCAGUGCCCAGGAGACAGACAGGCUGAGGAACCAGCUGCAGGAGGCCUACUACCUCCUCAUCAACGCUAUGAACGACAUCAACCUGGACGUGCAGCAGGUCGGUGGUGGAUCCACGGAGCAGCAGGCCACCUCCUCCUGCAGCUCCCACUCCAGAGACAGUCUGUGCUCCAGGCUGUCGGCCAAGAACAUGGACAGUGACUCCUGGUCCUCGGGAGGAGACCACAGCCCCCAGCAGGGGUCUGACACCGACUCGGUCCUGCUGUGCAUCAGUGGGAACCCCGAGUCGGGCCUCAGGAGCCGGCUGAGCAGUAAGAGCAUGGAGAACCUGACCCACAGCGAGAUGAGACCCACGUUACAGCGCUCGGCGAGUGUCGGGGCCAUCAGGUACCCGGGUGGCGUCUCGGUAUGUGUCAGGGCUCCUGGGACACAGAACCCAGGUGCGUGCUCUGAUAAAGAGGCCUCAGAAGCUAGAGAGGGAGUCGGAGACGUGGGCGAGCUGUCGGACGGCAACGCCAUCAGCAGCGAUGACCUCCUGCAAGAGGCCGGUGGCAGCGGCUCGGUCAACAGCCUCACGGGAUCCUCGGACAGCAACGGCGAGGCUUCCACACAUCAGAGUCCCAGCAAGCAGGAGCCGAGUGGAGCCGGCGCCCAGGGGCCCAACGCUCCCAACAACAAGGGUCACGGGGUCACCGUCAACAAGAUGCAGGAGUGGAUGCACAAAGGCCGCCUGCUGUCUUCAGAGAUGAAGCAGCGGAUAGAGGGCUCGUCUCUGCCUCGGGGUGGAGGCCAGAGCCAGGAGCGGCCCUGUGCCCAGGCUCACCCUGGUGGGUCCAAACCUGGGGUCCAGACAGCAGGCCGAGAGGUCAAGUCUGGAAAGGUCAAAUCCCCGACGGUGAAGUCACCUCAGCAGCAGCAUCAUCAUCAUCAUCAUCAUCAGCAGCAGCAGCCAGCUUUCAUUGAGAAUGUCCUAACCCCCUUCGCUAACGGCCGCGAGCCGGCCCGCGCGGCCGAGCCCUCGUCACGCCGGCCGCCGCUCACCACCAUCACCGUCUCCAAGAAGCGCAACUGGCUGCAGCAGAGCUCCCACGGGAAGAGCCACUGCCCCAAGGACGAGCUGGAGAGAACGCUGGGAGCUGAGGAGGAGGGCUCCCACCAGCCCCCACCUCCCCCCAGUCCCUCCCCGGACCACCUGAGACCCCCAGGGGGAGCGCCGCCGCGGCCGGUCCGCCUGCAGCUGCCUCAGGUCAUCGUCGGUCAGGCCAAGGUGUCUCCGCCCCCCCGGAGCGUGGACCCGGCCGAGGAGAACGACGCCGACGACGAGGGGGAGAUCUGGUACAACCCGAUCCCCGAGGACGACGACGCCGACUCGUCUCACCGGCCCCCCGUGCGGCUGCUGGUGCCCCCCCGGACAGAGCUGGAGCGGAGGCCAAGCCGGGCCGGGGACGUGAGUCACGGAGGCAGCGGCGUGCCGGAGGUGCUCGGCGAAGGCGGCGUCGGUGGCGGCGGCGGCUCGGGAGACGGGAGCCAGGGCAACGCUGUACAUUCCACAGAGGCACCACAUCUGCACAGACAGAUGCUCGCGUGCAAACCUCAGGAGGAGGGGGGGCCUUCCAGCAGCAGAGUCACAGAUGGAGCCGAGCUGCCCAACGCCGUCGGCUUCUCGCCUCCCUCCAGCCCAAACCCGACCAAGAAGAGCAGCUCCAUCAACUGGUCCUUCCCAGACAAGAUCAAGUCCCCGCGCACCGUCAGGAAGAUCUCCAUGAGGAUGAAGAAGCUCCCGGAGCUGAGCCGCAAACUCAGUGUCAAGGGGACAUCGAGCGGCAGCAGCAGCAGCAACAACGGCAGCAGUCAGCCGGAGCCUCGGGCCCAUUCUCCCAGAAACAACUCAGAGACCGUCUCCCAGACCUCCGGCCCUCCUCGGUUGACGGCGCCCGGCGGUGGGCAGGCGAGCCGGAACGUGAUUUCGCGCUACCACCUGGACAGCAGUGUGUCCAUGCAGCACAGCUUCAGCAAGAAGAAAAGCAACGGCAGCUCCAAGUCCGCCAGCAAAGGAGGCUACCUCAGCGAUGGGGACUCACCGGAGCUGGUGGCCAAAUCCGGGAAGCACGGCGCCUCGGAGGGGAAGGGAGGGAAAGGCAAGGAGGUGGAAGCAGGAGGGAGCUCGAAACUCAACGGCACCGAGCUGGACAUCGAUGCUUUCCGCCAUUACAGCUUCACGGAGCAGCCCAAGUGCAGCCAGUACAUCUCUGGACUCAUGAGUCUGCACUUUUACGGCGCCGAGGACCUCAAACCUCCGCGAGUCGACUCCCGAGACGUCUACUGCGCCAUCCAAGUGGACUCGGUCAACAAGGCCCGGACCGCCCUCCUCACGUGCCGCACCUCCUUCCUGGAUAUGGACCACACGUUCAACAUCGAGCUGGAGAACGCCCAGCACUUGAAGCUGGUGGUGUUCAGCUGGGAGCCCACGCCGCGACGGAACCGCGUCUGCUGCCACGGCACGGUGGUGCUGCCGGCGCUCUUCCGGGUCACGCGCUCCCACCAGCUGGCGGUGAAGCUGGAGCCGCGGGGGCUGAUCUACGUCAAGCUGAACCUGAUGGAGCAGUGGCAGAACUCGCUGGACGGCCGGUUUGGCGGAGACAGGGAGCCCAAGGUGUUUGGCGUGGAGGUGUGGCGGGUGGUGGAGAGGGAGAACACGGGACUGAUGGUGCCGCUGCUCAUCAACAAGUGCAUCAACGAGAUCGAGAAGAGAGGCUGCCAGGUGGUGGGCCUCUACCGUCUGUGUGGAUCUGCGGCGGUGAAGAAGGAGCUCCGGGAGGCGUUCGAGAGGGACAGCUACGCACUGGAGCUUUGUGAAAACACGUAUCCCGACAUCAACGUCAUCACAGGCGUUCUGAAGGACUACCUGCGGGAGCUGCCCUACCCUCUGAUCACCAAGCUGCUGUACGAGGCCGUGCUGGAGGCCAUGGCCACCAGGCCGCUGCGCAUCGGGCCGGGGGGGUGCGAGAACGACCAGGCCGACUCGGAGCACACCGUCAGCCUGCUGGAGAACCUGCCGGAGGUGGAGAGGGUGACCCUGAGGAAGCUUCUCAACCACCUGAAGCUGGUGGCGUCGCACCAGGACGUGAACAAGAUGACGUGUCAGAACCUGGCGGUGUGCUUCGGCCCGGUGCUGCUCAGCCAGCGGCAGGAGGCGUCGUGCCACACCAACCGAGUCUUCAUCGACUCCGAGGAGCUGGCGAGCGCUCUGCACUUCAAGAAGCACAUCGAGGUCCUGCACUACCUGCUGCAGCUGUGGCCAGUUGUUGACCCACAUGGCGAGUCCUCCUUUCAGCCCCUGGCGUCAUCAGACCUUCUCUCGGCUCCUCCUCUGCGGCGGAGGAAAGAGCGCCCCCAGGUCCUGAACCUCUCUGAGGCGGAGAUGGCGGGUGUUCUCCGGCCGAGGCCGGGGCGACUGGACAGCCCGAGCAACCGCUACGCCGGUGACUGGAGCCGCUGCGGCGAGAACUACUUCCCCUCUGAGGUGCUGCUGCCUCCCAGCAAAGAGGAGGCGGACUAUGAUGAUGUGCCCUCCGAGGACACGGAGGCAGCUGAGGAGGAGGAGGAGGAGGAGCAGGAGAAGCCUGAGGAUGAAGAGGAAGAUAAAGAACAGAAGGUCGCAAGCGAUCCGGCUGAGCAGGAGCCACCUCCUCUAGAGGAUGUGGUGAAGGAGGUUGAAGAGGUGAACGAGGAGGAGGAGGAUGAGGAGGAGGAGGAGAAGCACGUAGAGAGCGAUAGUUCAGGCAAUGGACAGCCGUUAGAAGACGAGGAGGAAGAGGAGGAAGAGGAGGUGAGGCUUUGUGACCACAUCCUGCCCCCUCGGCUGCCCAGAGAACACACGUACCAGGCCUACAUGAAGAUCCAGGACAUCAGCCCUGUGCUGAGCAACAGAGUGAACCUGAAGGACCUGCAGGAGAGCAUCGACACGCUGAUCGGGAACCUGGAGCGGGAGCUCAACAAGAACAAGCUCAACGUCGGAUAUUGACUCGCACACACACACACGCUCUGUCAAAGCCUGACGAGGUUCGAGGAAGACCUUCUUUAUCAAUCAAGGUGCUUCAGGACAACGCCACACUGUUCCCAUGGCGACCCUGUGGGGUCACCGUGGCAACGUGUCGUGCAGUGCUGCUGUAAAAACCCUAAAAGAUGAGAUGAGAGGAAACAGGACAGGGCACUUCUGGUUUUUGUUCCCAUAGACAUUCCUAAUGUGUUUGUUUUCCUCUGAUUUUGUCGACUGUCUCACUUUGGGUUGUCAUCGGUUUGUUUCAGUCCCGUUGUGUGUUCCAUGUUGUUAUUGUUGCUUCUCUUCUUAUUAGAAGAUCCCAUUGACCCCUCAGGGGUUUAAAAGGUGCCUUAAUUGUGCGAAGGUGGUACGUGGAGAUGAAAGUCCACCCUGGAAUAAAACUCACUCCCUCCUCUGAUACAGGACAGGAUCUAUGAUACGUGUGAGGAGCUUUUACUUUGAAAAUGCAGGUACUAAUCCAAUCUAGGUACAAUGGGGCUCUGCUCAUUCAAUGAUGAACACUAACUCAUCCCAGUGCUACCAGUUUCCAAAAUUCUUGGCAGAAUAUGAAGCAGCUUUUGGACAUUGGACACUUUAAUAUGAAUUCACUGGCCGUAAAACUCUGGGAGACAUUUGGCCUUUCGAUUAAGAAUUCCAACAUAAUAUGUAAUGAAGUAAUUCAAUCAAUUCAGAAUCUGUGCAAGGCCCUUGUGUUAUUUCUGGAAGCUGAGAGAGGGAAUAUCUUCUCAUAUUGUUAUUGAACCUCACUGUUAUUGACCAGAGCAUUCAUCUCUCUGCUGAAGGGGAAAAACACAGGAUUCCUGGAAGUUUCCAGCUUCUAGUUUCAUCCAGUUAAUAUCUUUUAAUUUGACCAUUUAUUCAACGAGACACUCCAGUUAUUAAAAUCUGUUUUUUGGUGAGUAAACUUCAUGUGUAAAGUCAGAGUAUCGCAGGAGGAGCUUGUGUCUGUUCUAUUUCAGGGUGGAUUUCUUUUUUUUUAAGGCAGCAGAGAGCUUUUCUAUUGAGGUAUGAAACACUAAAUGUUGUACAACAAUAAUGCACUUAUGAGUUAGGCAGUAACGUAGAUUGUCAUAAUAGAUCAUGCAGUAAAAUAUAUUCUGGCUGUGGACUGAAUGGAGAGAAACAGCUGCGACUGAAACCUCCUCUUAAACAUGAAUAUGGAGGAAAAUGGGUUGAAAUGUUUUUUUAAUUUUAAGUUUUCAAUGUUUCGACACUCCGACAUUUAGAUAAACACUUUUCAGAGUUGGGUACGAGAUCAUCUACAAUCGGAGAUAAUGUUUGAUCAGGAACAGACCAGAGAAAGUGUGUUUCAUGUUUCAUCGUAUUCAGUUUAGGCUCAAAACUAUAAUCCCAACAUUUUGUUUAAGCAACUUUCUCGCAGAUCAAUAUCACUCUCAAGUCUGUUUGCUAUAAACUAAGCACAUCGCAAGACUGUUAGCUUAGCAGAAACACUGCAAGAAGGGUAAACACUUAGCCUGCAGCUAACAAUGUUAAAUUCAUAAGAAAAUUCACUCAAGCCGAUUAAAUACAACUACAAGAAAUAGAGUAUUUCCUCAUUUUAUAAUUUGAAAUAGCCCAGAAGACAUUGCGACAUCAACACUUAAGACUGGAUAAUUUUUCUAAAAGUUUUGAAGGUCAUUUGAAGCUAGCUUGCCAGCUCCAGCUAAAGACACGAAAGUUGUAUUGAUCUUAUUUAAGAAAUUCAUGAAAUAUCUUCUCACAGAAGGCAUCGGAAACUAUUCCUUUAAAAAGCUUUUUGCUCCUCUUAGCUUUUGGCGAAACCAUGAAACAGAAACAGCUCAAAUGUGAAGCACAAUUUUUUCCGAGCGGCGGCAGAAGCCGUUAGCGACGGGGCUCAGUUGGUACGACUUUUAGCUAGCUGCCUAAAUCGACUAAGGUUUGUUCUCAGCAAUCCAGGGAUUCAGAAUGAUCAGUAUUUAACCUAUAUGUAUAUGUAUAUAAUUAUAUAAAUGUAUUCGGAGUAUAUUAUUUUUUACAGCUUCUGUUUCGAUGGCAUAUUUAAAUACUUCCGAUGACCUCGUAGUGUUGUAGCGAUAGUCGCUUUUCCUCCCUUCGAGCUACCUGUACACAUCUCAAUGUGCUGGACUAAUGGUACAACUUUAGCUGUAAAAUAUAUGAUAAAAUCGUGCCCUUGCAGAAAAAGUGACAUUGUUAUUUUUGUUAUAUUGUGUAUACAUGUAUAUUUGACAUUGUGUCUCUGGUGGACUAAGCUGUGUUCAUGUUGUUGUUUUUUUAAAGGUACUGAACGUUGCAUGGUCAAAAGCUUUACUGACAUAAACAAGGCUCCCUCUCAUCUGCCUUUGUAUUUGAUAUUUAUGUGUAAAAAGACUAUUUUGUAAUGUAUGCUCGUUUGUUCGUCUCCCUGUUCCUCAGAUUGAUCAUUUCCUCGGUCCAGCUUUCUCUCCAGAGGAUGAAAAACAGACGUCGACUCGGUUAACUUUCCGCUUCUUUUCAUGAUCUAAUUUAGUCUGUGAAAUUACUGAAAAUUGUGAAAACGCACAACUUUGAUUGUUGGUUUUUUCAAAAAUAUUCAGUGCACAAUCACAUAUGAUAAAGAAACACAGACAAUCUCAACUAAAGGAGAACAUUCCUAUUCAGUCCAAACUCAUCGCUACACAAAACAUAUUCAUCCCAAAUCAUCUAUAGGUGUAAAAACGAGACAAACCAUCUGUCCGCUCACACAUCACAAAACAACCAGGGCCUCACUUUAUAAGAAUUCGAUUUCCAGAUCUAAAAAGCUGCUUAUGUAAAAGAUUCCAAAGACGUUUAUGACUUUUUAAUUCUUACUGAUACUUUAAACAAACUUCAAAACCCUUAUAAUACAGGUCUAAACUCAGCAUGAAGCCUGUUUUAGGCAGCACAGUCCUACAUCCUGCAGGGAGCCACAAUCUGUCACAUGUAAGAGCAACAUCCAGUUUCAUUAUCAACGAGUUCGUCUCCGUCUCAACGUGAAUCAGCUUCAAACACCUGCGUUAGUUUUCAUGUUACGUCGACCGGUCCUGUCCUCUUUGUCCUCUGGAGAUAAAAUACCACGUGGAAAACAUCGCUUGAUAAACAGAAACAUCGCUUUGUGUUGAUCCUGAGAAAUGUAUGGUCAUAAUAAAGUAUAUUAUUUUA